AUGUCACAAGUAGCUGUUGCCUUGGUUCGUCUAUCACCUUACGAGGCUGGCGCAAACCCUUCUGCCUCCAUGGCGGCAUUGAUGCAGUCCACCAACGAGCCUGUUGCCGUGUCCAACCCAAUCACCGGGCCUUCCCAUUCUAUUACGAGUUCCGAUCCCAUAUCCUUUCUUAAACCACCAUCCAAACCGGAAUCCAAUCUGAGCUCUAUCGCCAGCGCCGGCCUUCACGUCUCCCGAUCACAACCUCCCCAGAUGACGAGCCCUUCAUCAGCGCCGGAUCGACCGGUCGAACAUGAGAGGGAUUCCGAGCGAAAUAGUUCCCAAGUGGCACGAGAAGCUUUAGGAGCCAGCGAAAAGUCCCCGGUCCCUUCAAUCCAAGAUCCCCAGAUUCAUGCAUCGCCAGAACAAAUGCACGUAGACGCCCACGCCCACGACACAUCAGAUCCUUACGGCUCGGCCGAUCACCAAAACUCGCUUAUGCACUCCUCGACGGUCGCGAGUCCGGGUCCGAUUGAAGAGUCAGCUUCGCAAGAUGGCGACCGUCAUCGCCAACGGGAAGACUCGGAAAUCGAUCAGGAUAGCAACAAGGCCUUUUCGUACCCGAUGCCCACCGGCGGACUCAACGACCCUCGUCGCGGCCUGAGCUUACCCAACGCGGGCUACAACAGAGGCAGCCCACGUUCGCCAUCGGCAAAGAAGCAUCGAUGCCCCUAUUGCGCGACUGAAUUCACUCGCCAACACAACCUUAAAAGCCACCUCCUCACCCAUAGUCAAGAAAAGCCAUUUGUCUGUCAAACCUGCCAGUCCCGGUUCCGCAGACUGCACGACUUGAAACGACACACUAAGCUGCAUACCGGCGAACGACCUCAUCUCUGCCCCAAGUGCGGACGGCGCUUUGCUCGAGGCGACGCGCUUGCGCGACACAACAAAGGUCAAGGCGGAUGCGCAGGUCGACGAUCUAGCAUGGGAAGCUUUGCGGCCGAUGAUGAAUAUGGAGAUGGCCACCACCACGACGGCAUGGAUGGCCUGGUCUACGCGGAGCCCGAGGCUAUGGAUGGAGAAGAAGAGCGACGACUCAGCACGCAGGGAAUGCGCAAGCAUGACGAUACCCUCCCACGAUCUGAUUCUCUCAAUUCUGCGCGUCAACCCAGCACUUACCCGCCGAUUGCAGCAAGCCGUGGAAGCCUCUUUCCCCCGCCCGGUACGCAUAGUGGAUCUGGCUCAGCGGCAACCUCCCAAGCGGGGAAUAUGACAUUCCCCCCUGCAGGUCAUGCCUCCGGCUCGUCUCUCUUUACCCCGGGCACUCUGACCGAGAGCUCCAAACCAUUAUCUCCGAAUGCUCUAUCACAUCACGACUCUGCUGCAUCCUCGCACCGCGGACAUUCACCCAGCAUGGGCCAGUCCUUGCCUCACCCACAGGCACCUUUUGGACGGGGAAGCUUGAGCUCAGCUCCCUCCCCCGUUGUCAGCUCGCCAGACGCUCGAUUUGGGUUACAAUCUAAUAAGCACGCGCCAUCGACUCUCUCUGGCAACCAUAGCUUAACUGCAUCCAAGGGUGGGCCCGACGGUUCCGACGGGGCUGAGGCCAAUCAGAUCGACAAACUCUGGGCGUACGUUCGUUCCAUGCAUGACGAGUUGACGGGAUUACGAAAUGAAGUCGCCUCUUUGCGCGCACAUAUUGCCUCCACCAACUCGUCGACAGCAGCCCCAGGAGAUGCGAAUCACACCAGCUCCAUCUCCAGGUAG